AUGGGUGAGCAGCGCAGAAUUUUGGUCGAGAUGUCAUUCGAUAACAACAGUUCAUCCAGUGUUAUUGAACGUGAUAAUCCACUGUUCUGGAGUCGUGUCUCGCCGGUGGAUUGUAAUGCUAUUCGAAUAAUCGGUAUCGUUCAACUUUUGGUUGCAUUCAUUGGCAGCAUUCUGAACGGCUCACUCAUUCAAAGUUUUGUUAAACACAAAGAAUUAAGAACACCCCCGAAUAUAUUUAUAUUUUUCAUUGCUGUAAUUGGUUUCACUGCAACUGUGCCAGUGAUUUUGGUGGCCACAUCCAACAUUUACUGCAGAUGGCUGUAUGGGAAAGCCGGAUGCUUAGCUGAAGGCUUCAUGGUCUUCUUCUAUGGUGGUUCGACAUCUUAUAUUUUGUGUGCAGUUUCAUUGUCACGAUGCUACAUCAUCGUCAAGCCAUUCGACGCCAAAAAAGUUACGGUUAAAAAAUGUUUGAUUGUGGCGAUAGUAGCAACUGUUAUGGCGCUUGUGUGGACGAUAGCACCAUUGCUUGGAUGGAAUGAAUACACUUUAGAGCAUGGCAUUAAAACAGAACUUAGUCAACGGCGAGUGGAAAUGGAACGGCGAAUUGUCAAAAGUGUUGUGGUUACCAUUUUAGGUUUCUUUAUGGCAUGGACACCCUACGGCGUUUCGUCAUUUAUCUCAGCCUUUUCCUCCACAUUAACGCCACCAUUGGUUAUUUCAUUGUGUGCAAUUUUCGCCAAAGCAUCCGUGGUCUGGAUACCCCUUUUGUAUAUCAGCACAUCAACUCAGUACAAGCUGAAAUUCGUUGAUUUGAAAGAUAUGGAAAAAACGGCUACCAGCCAGGGCGGUGGUGGUGACGGACAAACACAAAUUAAUAGUCAAACGGCUACAACAGUUCGUCGUACACCCCAAGUACAAGUUGAAGAACCGUCAAAUAAACAUAGUCAAGAUUUUACGGCGAUUAAUGAUGAAACAAAUAAUAAAAGUGCUACAUAA